AAAACUACAAACCCCGCAGGGCCUUUCGGCCAGGGCGCCUGCGCAGUGAGCACUUCUUCUAUUGUGUUCCUCGUUCCCGGACAAGACCCGCCCCGCGACGCUGUGACUUGCGCUGGAAGAAGCGGAAGAAGAUGGCGCUCACCAGCUUUUUACCUGCGCCCACCCAGCUAUCUCAGGACCAACUUGAAGCUGAAGAAAGAGCAAGAUCUCAGAGAUCACGGCAGACCUCACUGGUCUCCUCAAGAAGGGAGCCUCCUCCAUACGGAUACAGGAAAGGCUGGAUUCCACGCUUGUUAGAGGAUUUUGGAGAUGGAGGUGCUUUCCCAGAAAUCCAUGUGGCCCAGUAUCCACUGGAUAUGGGGCGAAAGAAAAAAAUGUCCAAUGCACUGGCCAUUCAGGUAGAUCCUGAAGGGAAAAUUAAAUAUGAUGCAAUUGCCCGACAGGGACAGUCCAAAGACAAGGUCAUUUACAGCAAAUACACUGACCUGGUUCCAAAGGAGGUUAUGAAUGCGGAUGACCCAGACUUGCAAAGGCCGGAUGAAGAGGCAAUUAAAGAGAUAACAGAAAAGACAAGAGUGGCCUUGGAGAAGUCUGUAUCGCAGAAGGUUGCUGCAGCCAUGCCUGUUCGAGCAGCCGACAAGUUGGCUCCUGCUCAGUAUAUCCGCUACACACCAUCUCAACAAGGAGUAGCAUUCAACUCUGGAGCUAAACAGAGGGUUAUUCGGAUGGUAGAAAUGCAGAAAGACCCAAUGGAACCUCCAAGAUUCAAGAUUAAUAAGAAAAUUCCCCGGGGUCCACCAUCUCCUCCUGCGCCUGUAAUGCACUCUCCUAGUCGGAAGAUGACUGUAAAGGAACAACAAGAGUGGAAGAUCCCCCCUUGUAUUUCCAACUGGAAGAACGCUAAGGGUUACACGAUUCCGUUAGAUAAACGGCUGGCUGCUGAUGGAAGAGGACUUCAGACCGUCCACAUAAAUGAAAAUUUUGCCAAACUGGCUGAAGCGCUCUACAUUGCUGAUCGGAAGGCUCGUGAAGCUGUGGAAAUGCGAGCCCAAGUGGAGAGAAAGAUGGCUCAGAAAGAAAAGGAGAAACAUGAAGAGAAGCUUAGAGAAAUGGCCCAGAAAGCCAGAGAGAGGAGAGCUGGGAUCAAAACCCAUGUGGAAAAAGAGGAUGGAGAAGCACGAGAAAGAGAUGAAAUCCGUCAUGACAGGCGAAAAGAGAGACAGCACGACCGGAACCUUUCCAGAGCAGCUCCUGAUAAGAGGUCAAAACUACAGAGAAAUGAGAAUCGAGAUAUCAGUGAAGUUAUUGCUCUUGGUGUGCCCAACCCUCGAACUUCCAAUGAAGUUCAGUAUGACCAAAGGCUCUUCAACCAAUCCAAGGGUAUGGACAGUGGAUUUGCAGGUGGAGAAGAUGAAAUUUACAAUGUUUAUGAUCAGGCCUGGAGAGGUGGUAAAGAUAUGGCUCAGAGUAUCUACAGGCCCAGUAAAAAUCUGGACAAGGAUAUGUAUGGUGAUGACCUUGAAACCAGGAUAAAGACCAACAGAUUUGUUCCCGAUAAGGAGUUUUCUGGUUCAGACCGUAGACAAAGAGGCCGAGAAGGACCAGUUCAGUUUGAAGAAGAUCCUUUUGGUUUGGACAAGUUCUUGGAAGAAGCAAAACAGCAUGGUGGUUCUAAAAGACCCUCGGAUAGCAGUCGCCCCAAGGAACAUGAGCAUGAGGGGAAGAAGCGGAGAAAGGAAUAGAUGGGCUUCUCUUCAAAGCAAAGGAACUCUUACCCUAGUGAUGCAAGUCCCUGGUAAACC